AUGGGGAGGUGGGACUUGCACGUUACCGAAUGGAAUUUUUCGUUUAUCGGAAUGGCAACAAGAUUUAAUCCAAAUGAUAUUGCACCUCCUAUACAUGCUCAAGUUUGGAUUCGAAUAUAUAGGCUUAGCCAGGAUUAUUGGCAUCCACGCCACCUUCUUGAAAUUGCGAGGGGAGUGGGUACUCCUUUGCAACUUGAUAAGGCCACGAAGGAGCGCCAGUUUGGAUAUUAUGCUCGUGCUUUGGUUGAUGUGGAUCUAGCUGUUGACCUCCCCUCCUCCAUCAUGGUGGAGCGUGAGGGUCAUAGUUUUCCCAUUGAUAUAGUUUAUGAAAAAUUGCCGGACAAAUGUAACCAUUGUGGAAUCUUGGGACAUACCAUUGAUCGUUGCCGUCACCUUAAGAAGAAAAAUGUGGCAAUGGAUUCCCAACCUUCUCUAGCGGCAGGACGAAAGGUAAAUAAUAGAACAGAGUAUCGGGUUAUUCAAGACCCAAAAAGAAAUGAAUGUGUUGAUCUGAUAGUUGUUGAUAAGAUGCAACCUAUUGAAGAGGUAGUCCAUUCAUCCUCUCCAAUGGAGUUGAACUCUCCUCUUGAUCAGCAACCGGACAAUCUGGCAAAUGAAAUAAUUGAAUCAGCGGCCAAUGAGAUCAUCAAUUUAGUGGCUGAUUUAGUGGUGAAUGAGCCAAUGGAAGUGACUAAGCCAACUAUAGGUGCUUUGAUUAGUAAGCCAACUGGGAAAGCAUUGCAGGAUGAGCAAGGAAAAAAUGUAAUUGGGGAUGACUCGGAGUCUGACGAGGCUAUCACCCCUCAUUCUCAACGUUUUGAAGUUAAUUAUGGCGAUUUGGGUACUAAUGUUGGUCAGCUUGUGUGCCAGCAUUCCUCUCCUAAUUCUUCUGAUCUUCAAGAAUGUGCUAAAAUUUGUGAUAUUGUUAAUGAAGACAGAAUGACUUUAGUUCUUUCAAAAUCCCAAAAAGCAAAGAUGAGGAAAAAGAUUAGAGAUGGGAAUAUUUCUAAAGAAGUCAGGGAACCCUAUCCAACCCGCUUUAGGGUCCCCAUAGAACGACUUGAUUUAUGA